GCUCCUCUGCUGCGUGCUUCACAACGGAGAGUCUCUCAUGUUGCUCAACUUUAGGUGAGCCGAUUGGCUCGUCCGCUGUUAUCGCCACCAAUACUCCUGUUUGCCCAUCAUGAGAGCCACACAGUCUCUUCUCGCAAAGAGCUUCCUUGCGCGGAGCUUUGACGAGCUCAAGAGGCGCUCCAGCAUAGCCUGGAACCUCGACGCCGUCAAAGGCCCCUCCGGACCCCGCGAGCUCUACGACUUCCACAGCUCCGAUUCCGUGAGCAACUGCAUUGUCAUGUCCGACCAACUGAUCGGCGGCUCUUCCACUAGCCAUUUCGAUUUUGUCUCUUCCUCGCCCUCGCCCUCGUCCUCCUCGCCUCACGCACGCUUCUACGGCCACAUCUCAACCUCUCUACCGCCAGAUCGCCCAACAAUCCAGCGAACAGGCUACGCCGCAUUCCGGACGCCAGAUCAGCCGCCCACAGUCUUUGGCCGCUCUGUUUGGGAUAUUGACCCUUACACAUAUCUCGCAUUGAGGAUCAAAUCUGAUGGCAGGGCGUAUUACGUCAAUGUACAGACCGAGAGUGUUGAGCCGACAGAUUUGCAUCAGCAUCGGCUAUUCGCAAAGCGCCCUGGGCAAUGGGAAACGAUUCUGAUUCGGUGGAAUGACUUUGUACGCACAAACCAUGGUUUCGUUGUCGAACCACAGACGGAGCUUCUAAGACAAAGAGUCCAUAGCGUUGGCAUUGGACUGACGGAUCGCGUGGAAGGACCCUUUGAGCUCUGCAUCGAGAGAGUGUGGGCGACAAAUGGAGCAGAAGAAUCACGUACAGCACAAGGGACACAAGAGGGAGAGCUGAAGAACAGGAAGGGUGAGAAGAUUCAGUGGUAAAAAGCCAGCAUAUAGACUGGGCUCUCAACCAACUGAUUGAUCCAAUGUGUACGAAAGAACAAUUGAUUUCAUUGCCAAGCAGAGCUGCGAAGCCAGGUAGCAUGAUCGAACAAGACAAAGUUACUU